AUGGAGCAAUUAAUAAGAGAGUAUUUGGGUGGUGAUAACACUCUAAAAUGGAAUACUCCAAAUAAAUUUAAGAAUAGUAAUAAUAAUAAUAGUAGUAAUGGUUGUAAUGAAAAUGUUGAUAGUUUAGAAGAAAUAUAUUUCAAAGAAUUAUGUUUAUUCGUUGAUAAAUAUAAAUGGUUGUAUAGUGAGAGAACUAUAGAUUUCUAUUUGAAGAAUGUUUGGUCGAUGGUCCCCACUGAAUGGGAAGAGGCGUUGCUCUCAAUGAAUGAUACCGAGUGUUUGCGAUUCACCACCGGUGCUGUGUGUAAAGAGAAUUGGCCACUGUCGUUGAGAGAGUUUAUCAAUGAUGCCGUGUCACUCUGGAUGCCAAAGUCGGUGAGACGACCCGACGAUCAAUGGAAGAUGCAGCCGUUCUCAUUGCCUUCGCUCAAGUUGAAGAUGUCCGACAAGAAGAUACACGAGAUACAAAGAAUGUCAGAGAUUAUCAAUGAUAUUGCAACCGUUUUGAAACCCGAUGAAAUCGUCGAUAUCGGUUCUGGCGAAGGUUAUCUCACACAGGUACUCUCACAUCAAUACAACUACAGUCUUAGUGCUGUUGAUUGCUCAGAGUCAUUCAUUGACGGUGCAAUCAAAAGACAAAAUCAAAUAGAAAAGGAAAGAGUAUCAAUACUAUUAAAGAUGGAGAAACAACCAGCUAAACAGAAACAACAACAACAACAACAACAACAACAACAACAACAACAACAACAGCAACAACAACAAGAAGAAGAAGAACAAGGACAAGAGCAAAAACAAGAAGAAGAACUACCAAAAAAGAAUAAAAAGAAGCUAAGCGAAGAGGAACAAAGUAAACUGGCAAAACAAAAGAAACAAGAGCUGGCGGAAAAGAGAAAGAAGUUGUUGGAGACAAUCGAUGUUUCAGGACCGAAUAUGUGUGUUGCUAUGAUAUCGCCAGAUAUGAAGAACGACGAUUUCAUUGAUCUGCUGGUGAAGCACGAUGCCUCAAAGAGAUACGAAUCUAUCAUGAUGAUUGGUUUACAUACAUGUGGCGCGUUGGCAUCCACUAUGCUCUCAAACUAUGUACAAUGCAAUCGAAUCAAUAGUAUAGUUGAUGUUGGUUGUUGUUAUUACAGAAUACCUACAACAUCAGCAACAACAACAACAACAAGCGAUGAUAAUAAUAAUAACGAUAAUGAUAACGAUAACCAAUCAUUGUAUAGAUAUCAAUCAGAUUGUGGAAAGAAGUUUGGAGUUGCUCUAGGUCCUGCUGCUCUCAAGCUAAGUUGCGAAGCUGCCGACUCCUCCUAUGGAAUAUCGAAUGACGACGUCGAUGAAUUUAAAUAUAGUAUGCGAGUACAUUUCUAUCGUGUCAUCGUCGAGACUGCACUGCGGCGAUACAAUAACGACCGUCCUCACAACUAUACGAUUCGAUGUAUAUCGCGUGCCAAUGCAUCGACCUUUGAGCAAUAUGCCAAGACUGCACUGAAAAGAAUGCAUUCACAACAACAAUCUAAACAGCAGCAGCAACAACAAGAGAAUACAAAGAUAUUAGGUGAUAUUCCACCUCUGGAACAGAUUAUUCAGACGUACAAUGAAUUCCAAGGAGACCAACAAAAGAUCAAUAUAUUCUUACUUCUCAGAGGUUUAUUGGCACCGAUACUAGAGUCGAUUAUUAUAAUGGAUAGAUGGCUUUAUCUCAAUGAUAACUCAACAACAUACCCCAAUCAACAACUGCACUCCUAUAUUAUUCCAAUAUUCAAAGAUACAAUAUCACCAAGGAAUUUUGCAAUCUUUAGUUAUAAAGAAAUAAAGAAAUAA